AGGAGGAGCAGAUAGAGAUGAGGUCGCGGACGGAAGGAGCAACAAUGCGGAGAAAGGACAUGGAACAUUGAGCAUCCCACAUGUCGGUUCGGUCAUUUUGGUCGAGGCGCAAUGGCUUGCGCAAGUGGGGAGCGAGACUGGCGCAGGAUUUGCCCAUGGCGACCCUCUCGAUUGGCGGCAGAGCUCGACUGAAGGGACGAUGCAUGCGUGCAGGCUUCCCUGGCUUUCUCAUCUCAUCUGCCACAGCCAUCAAAAUCACCCACAUCCCCUCUAAACACAUUGAAUCCACUGAUCUGUCGUUGCUUGGCUCCGAUGACCCAGCCGUCGUCGAUAACCUUGUGAAGCAGGUUAAACAGGCCAUUCUCGAUGAUGGCUUUCUGUUCCUCGAGAAUUAUGGCGUUUCCUUGGAGCAGCUCCACCGUCAAUUCGCGCUUGCACAGUAUCUAUACAACAACAACAUCAGCCAUGAGGACAAGGAACGCCUCCUUUUCAACCCUGAAACCGGUAUAUGGUCCGGUUACAAGUAUCCGUAUGGAUUCAAGCGCCACCAUGGACCUCCUGAUGGCAUUGAGCAAUUUAACUGGUACAAGCCAGACUGGGAAAAUAUCGACCCGCUGGUCAUCAACAUUGGCGAUACCCUGGAGAUUGUCUCUGGCGGUCAUUUCAAGGCCACUCGCCACCGCAUCUUCAGGCCGCCGGCAGAUCAGUUGCACGAGGAGCGCCUGUCACUGGUGCUGUUCAACAGCUCCGUUGGCGAGCUGCGUAUGCAGCCUGCAAAAGAAUCACCCCUCAUCCAACGGAAGGGCUGUGUUGAUGGUCAAGGCGUCUACCAGGAAUUCAAGAACCGCACCGAACAAGGCAAACUUGUGCCCACCAAUCGCCAGUGGCGCGAGAUCCAGAUUGCUACGGCUACGGAUCCAACGGAUACGGAACGCAACCGAGUCGGUGCUCAUCAAGUCAUCGUCAACGGUAAGAUCAUGCAUCAACGAGAGUACAUGGGCGUCAAAGUUGUUCUGCCCGUGUGA